AUGAAGCGUGGGCAGGCGUCAAUCACCGCUUUCUUCCAGCGCAAGCAGGCGCGCCGUAUCAGUAUCGAGUCCCUCAAUGCGACAGCGCGUAGAGAGACCCGCGAGGACUUGACGGGGAUACUACAGCGUCGUGAGCUCGUGGGCUGCGUCUCGACUCGCCACUUUGUCAGUGGAGGGCAAAGACCGCGACGGAGACGUAAGCAGCAGCUUGUGCGCUGGGCGCUCACGCAUUUCCAGCGGCUGCCAGUUGAGCUUCAGUUGGAUCCGCAUUGGGAACGACAGGCAGGCGCAAUGAGCUCUGGAGCCUUCUACACUAGCUGUCUCGCGUUUGACGCUCAAGGAGUCCUGCUAGCUGCGGGCUCAUCCAAUGGGAUCAUCGCGCUCUACGACUUCGACGACGUGUUUUACCGCAAUGGAGACGAACAGCAGUCGAGGGAACCCGAUACUCUGCAUCCAAUCCACACGAUAUUUACACCAUACGAAGUCAAGUGCAUUCACUGGAACCCGUUAAAUGAGGAUGAGAUCGCGUGCUCGUUUUCGAAUCGCAAUGAAAUUUAUCUCUUCGACUUACGUAAAUUCCCGAGUAAACCGCACAAAGUGUUGAAGAGUUCCAACCAGCCUUCCAGUGGGUACAAUGACCUGGUGUAUCUCCCUGCUACAGAGUCGACUACGGCGAACUCCCGGCAACUCAAGACAAAGUCGGCAUCGAAAGCGAUCAACAUCAUUGCUGGCGAUAUGGAUGGAGCUAUUCGUAUGUGGGACACACGCUUCCCAUUGCGACCAGUGUGGAGCUUCCUUGCAGGAUCUCUACCGAUUAACGCGUUGCUACUGUCUCCCAACAAGCAGUUUCUCAUCUGCGGAAAUGAGGCUGGAGUGCUUAUGACCUAUGAUAUUCAACACAAAGUCGUUCCAGCGUUUGGCUCCAAGCCUGUACCACAGCGGAAGGCACAGUUCAAACUUAUGGACGUGAUCAAAUCAUACCUAUCACCUGCUUUGAUAGAGUCGGUGAUUCUCUCGAGUCGAUACGGAUGCCCCGGUAUCAUGUCGAUGCGCUUGAUGCCUCAAUCGGAGACUCAAGUGCUGUGCCAGUUACGUAACGAUUGGGUAGUGGCCAUCGAUUACCUCUGUGGCUCUGUUGUGAAGCUACACACGUUCAAGCGCGCGACGCCACAUCCGUCUCCGUCUGUGCUAUCGACGACCUCAGAAACUGAGUACCAGCGGGAUUUCCUGCCGCGAUCACUCCGAAACUCGUGGCUUUCUUGCCACCGUUGUGUGGGCACGUUCCUGUUCGACAAGUCGAUCAUGUGCACGGGGAUCCAUGACGUUACGAGUUUGAAUGUGAUCGAUCUGCAGCAAUUACGACGUACAGAGGCCCCUGUCUUCAUCAAGACAAGUGAAGCUGACGAAGUGGACGCAGCAAAGCUUGAUAAUCCUGGACUUCCAGCAGUCGAGCGACUCGAUCGGUUCCGAAUCCCGAUGGACAGCAUCGUUACUGCUGUGGCUGCUCAUCCGACUCAGCACGCGGUAAUAUGUGGCGGUGAAAACAUGAGAUUGCAGGUCAUGGGGCUAAUGGGUGAACGUAGGGAAUGGACACGAAGCAACUAUGCAGACGCAUGA